AUGAGCAAGCGACCCCUCGAUAAACUGAGUCAUGCACUUCGCCGCCAGGCGCAGGUGUCGUCACUGCGACGCCCUUCAAAGGACGGGGAUGUCUCACUGUCUGAAAGCACAGCAACAAAAGCGGCUGGGGGAGGAGACGGGAGCGUCGCUCCUGCUUGUGGCGCCUCCCCGGGCAACACCGUGGGCAGUGACACCUCCCACCCCGCCACCGCCACAACGACACACCCCUCCGCAGGUGUGAAGGGCGCUGAGGAUAGAAUCAUUCAUGCAAACUACUCGCUGCGCCACGCACUGGCCCGUGGCGCUCCCGAGACUCCCCUCACACGGCAAGUAAAACACGCCAUUCAGCAGUCUACUGGAAAGGCUGAGGCGCUAAAAGCCUUCCAGGUGCUUCUUCAGGCGGAUGGGGAUGCACCCACGGCGGCUACGUUCAAAACACUCUCUGCCACACUGUUGCAGCACCAUGUGGAGGAUCGAGUGGGCCACGCCGCGUUUGAGAAGGCCUUGACUGAUGCGGUGGGACAUGAGGGCGAUCGGUGGAGGCGUCUCUCAGAGGAGGAGCGUUCCACUUUUGUGAACUACACAUGCCGAACAACGGAACGGUGGGCAGAACGUGGCUCCGCAUACAACAAACUCUUAGGCUUCUCACAAGAAGGCACGGACAAUGAGGUUGUGGCGAAACUUGAAUACCAAAUGCGGAAGUGUGGUGCACCAGUGUCGGCCUCCUCACUAGCGGAUCUCAUGCACCUCGAUGUUACCUGGUCGACGGCGCUACACUUGUAUAACUUUGCUGGAGAAUUACAAAAGUAUGCUCCACCACCUAUGGAAAUGACGGAUCGUCUUAUGGGGCUUAUGACAGGCUACAAGAGUGGAAUUGGCGGCUCUCGUCCCUGGAUACGGGCACUUGCAUUGUAUCAGCAGGCUCUUGUGUCUGGCUACGACACCACAUUGACAACGCAUACACACGCACUAGACGCACUAUGGCGAAGCGCGGACACCUUUCAUCGCGUGCACAGUCCACUUAGCUCCUCCCAUCAGCAAUGGGUGUGGGAAAAUGCACUUGCGAUUACUCAACGUGUACAGGAGACACCCCGACUGCUUCUUACCGGCGACGAGGGCUGUGCAUAUGCGGAGAGUGUUGUCAAGGCUUUUGCUGCCUCAGGCCGCUGGUCAGUGGCGGUGUCAUUUCUUGGAAACAUGGACACCUCCAAUAUGGAUCUUUCAUUUCGCUUUUUGGUACCCACCGCGGAGACGUAUGCCUUUGCCAUGGCGGCGUGCCACACGGCUGGUCACGCAGCCCAUGGUGAGGCUCUAUGGACUAUCUUCAGGGAGACGUACACUCUGCGCUCACUCCACUCCGAGGUACUUUCAAUUCUUCUUCAGUCACUUCGUCAUGUCGUUCGUACCUCACCCAUCGUGGGUCAGCUUGUUGAGGAGUUGGUGACCGACGGGAAAGGCCUGGAGCGUCAAGCCACAGUGGCUGUAUUGCAGCUACUCUCAAGCAGGUACGUGAAGACCACCGAGCAGCGAUGGGUGUUGGCCGCCAAGUUACUCGAUAUGUACGAUGCGAACCCAUGGCCGCAGCAGCCACAGGCACGGAAAACGGAGUUACAAACAGUGUUUCGAUGCUGUCAUUUGAUAUCUGUGAUGGAGGAGCCGGACGGCAAGCGUUUGCUUUUGCAGCUACGGCAGCAUCUGGUGGAUGUGUUUGGCGGCUCCUCGGCGGAGGUGGAAUGGCUGGAUGACACCGCCAUCUACGCGCUGCAGGUGACCUCCAACUGGAGGGAGGCUAUUGCAAUCUACGACGCGGCUGUCGAUCGACGAAAACCUGAGCAAGUGCCGUAUCUACCAAUUCCCUUGCGCCAGGCGAAGAUAAUGCUGGUGGAGGCGCUUGUUCGAUCCUGCAUGGCGAUGAAGGAAGUCGACGAGUUCUUUCUAGUGGACGAGGAUACACAAGAGGCAGACCGCGACGCAGCGGUGACUUUGACACAGCGGGCCCUAGCCGUAACAAGGGCUGUGUUUAGACCAGAUGAUACGUUUCCACAUCACUUGUACGCCGAGUUGCUCUUGAUGCAGGCGUUGAGUGCCACAACGAGCGCUCAGCGGAAGUCGCAUGCGGUUGAGGCCAUGCGUCAUUUUUCUCAGGCCUCGGCAGAGUUAAUUGAGCACCGCCUCGUUGCACGCGUAGCCACGGCAUUGUCGCUUACGGAGGUGCACGUGGAGAACGCGCUUCUAGUUGGGCAUGCAACACUGAGGCAUGCGACGCUUUCACAGCGCAGUGACCGCCGAAGACGAAAUAAUGUCCACGGCGGCUUUGAUGUUGUGGCGUGGUAG